GUGGUGAUUUGCCAAUGGAGUCGGAGAGACAGUUAAUAUUUGCAGAUGAGGGAGGAACCCAGAUUGUAGUACACGUAGUAAAAUUCAAAUAGGAGAAAGGUUAACUACAAAGAAAUGAUACUUUCUGCAGGUUUUAAAUGUACCAACAAAGUUCUAGAGAUGAUGAGGUGGGCGAACAAUACUUAGACACCAAGAGGAGUUAAGGAGAUUCUAAGACAAGCAGACUAUUUUCAUUAAAUCGGAAUGGGAUUCUGUUCUCCACACAGUGUGCAGGGGGCUGCCUGGCCCCCACUCACACCAGACUCACGAGCAUGUGGUCUUUGGACCAGGCAGCUGAAAGAACUCCAGCUCACCCAAUGCGGAUUUGAAAUGAUGGAAAUGGUAUGAAAGGAUGAAAAUUUUACAGAGAAUAACUAAGCAGAAUGAGGGGCAUUUCAAAGGCAUGACUGUAAAAACUAUAGCUGAGGCAAAAUGUGACAGGCAUGUAAAUUUUUUAAAGUAAGGGACAAAUUUAAAAAUGGGAAAGAUUCUCAGGUGGAUCAGAUACACAGAAUAACAGUGUGCAGGGAGUUAUGUGAUGUAUAAAAAGACAGUAGUACCAGAGGGCCCGGUGUGAAAGGGCCAUGAAAGGCACCUUGGGGAGAUCCCUGUAAUUGUUCGGCCACUGGAAUGCUUAGUCUUUGCUCCAACACUCAUGUACUGUAACUGAUUAAGGGAAUCCUUAACAGGAGGACAGAAUCCUGUCCAUACGUAGAAGAAAAAUGGGUUUUCAUGUCAGAAGAUGAAAAUAUAGAAACUAGUGUUGUUUUACUGAGUGGGGAGACCAGAAAUCCAAAGUCCCUUCCUACACUAUCAUGCCUGCCCAGGCAGACUCCUCGCCUUCAUUUCCCACUGAAGUUGUAGUAUCAAAAACAAACAAACUUGGUAUUAGUAAUAACAGGUUUUGCUAGAUUGCAACCCACUGUUUCCGUAUUGGCUCAGUUUAAUGGACAAAAACGUGAUAUGAAACCUCAUUCUUUAUGAUCCUGAAAUUAUUACAUCAUUGCUUCUAUUCCUUCUGGAAAAGGCAUGAGAAGCUGGCAGUCUUUCCCAGUUGAUAAAAUUAAACUUCAUUAGUCAUUAGAAAACUAUGCACAAGAAAGAAAGAGUGACGUAAAACAAAAGCAUUUAAUCUUUUUAAUGUGGCAGGAUAAAGUGCCACAUGCAUUGUGCUGAAUGCUCAGUUAGUUGUCUUGCCACAUCUCCUUUAUGAAAGUAUCAGCUCCCGGAAAAUUAGCAGAGAGCCUGUUAGAUCCAAAACCCACCUCGAGACGAUUGUUAUUGGAACCUAAUAAGAUGUAUUAUCUCAUGUCAAGCCAAACUCAGAUUAUAAAUAUUUCAUCAGUGGAAAAGGAAACUAGUUGAUGGUCAUAUUUUUUUAGUUCUUUUAUUAUUUUGUUUGAAACUAAUUAGCAAAAUGAAAAGAAAUUCUUUCCAUAAUUCCCUUCUCUCAGUUUAAAAUAAUACUGAGUUUCAAGACUGCACUGUACUUAAAAAGGAAAUCCCUUUGAAUAGUAGCUAUUGCUUUUAGUCCAGAACUACUAUGUAAAUGAAAUCUAUUUUGACAGAAUUUUCAGGAUUGGAAAAGGCACUUUGGGUGCUUCAAUCUUGAGUGAAUGUUUGAUCAGUGAAUUUGAAGGAGCCAGGAAAAAAUAAUUUCUAAUCUCAUAACGCACAUGCUUCAAAGAGUUAGCUUUUUUUAGGAGAAUCCCUCUCUCAGGUAUGCUGAGGCCCCGGGUGGAGUAAGCUGCACAGAAGCCCACCAGGUGGCCAGGGGUGUGAUAGACAGGUUUUGUGCCCACAUAACAGUCAUGUUGAAACAACCACAUGUCAGUUGUUUGUGUGGCUUUUAUUUUCAUUUUUAUGGUAAUAAAAAUUUAGCCCUGAUUGCACUUUAUUCCACAUAAUUGCCGAAUUUGUUUACUAAUACUAAAGGGGUUUUCUUGGAAAAGUUCCUUUAAAAGGGAAGCUGAUUUGCUUUGCAGUGAUGUAAAUGUUAUCUAAAAUGAUUCUGAAGCACCACAAUAUGCAAGUACUAUUGAAACACCUACCAGGCAGAGGCGAUCUGUCGUUCCCUCCCUGUAGUGCCCCAUCUCCACGUGCCCUCACCCACACUGCUUCGGAGACUCAGCCUUCCUCUGCUCCUCCCCCAGGGCAGAUGUGUUCAUGCUCUCCCUCUUCUGGAUCACAUGUUGCUCUGCUGAUAGGUCUCACUGGGGAUUUGUCUUCUGCAGCUUUGCUUUAGGGUAUAAGUAUUUGGGUCCUUUUCAGGAUUGUAAACUCUGUGAAGGAAAAAGCUACAUCUUGUGCAGAACUGUGUACCUGAAAUGCUUAUUGUAGUUCCUUAUACAUAACUGGUGCUGAAUGUUUACCCAGUGGAUAACUGUUUUCUUUCCAUGUAUUGCAGGUAACCUGGAAGACUCCUACUGCAUUCAGUAAGAGGAGCCUGAGAGAUUCAUUAUUGACAGGAGAACCGAAGGAUGAAUACUGAUGGAUGUUAACCCCCAGUUUUCAAAGCAUUUGAGAAUCCUGGGAAAAUAAUUUGUUCUCCUGCACUGCACAUACAGGUUAAGGUCAUUUCUGAUGCAGCUGAGAAAAAUGCAGACCAUCAAGAAGGAACAGGCAUCUCUUGAGGCUGGUAGCAGUGUGGACAAGAUGUUGGUGCUCAAUUCUGCUUUAACCGAAGUCCCUGAAGACUUGGCAACAGGAGAAGAGCUGGUUCUAAAUGAGGGAAGUGUGGGGAAAAACAAAUCUUCAGCGUGUCGGAGGAAACGGGAAUUCAUUCCCGAUGAGAAGAAAGAUGCCAUGUACUGGGAAAAAAGGCGGAAAAACAAUGAAGCUGCCAAGAGGUCUCGUGAGAAGCGUCGACUGAAUGACCUGGUUUUAGAGAACAAACUAAUUGCUUUGGGAGAAGAGAAUGCCACUUUAAAAGCUGAACUGCUUUCCCUAAAAUUAAAGUUUGGUUUAAUUAGCUCUACAGCCUAUGCUCAAGAGAUUCAGAAACUCAGUAAUUCUACAGCUGUGUACUUUCAAGACUACCAGACUUCCAAGUCCAGCGUGAGCGCCUUUGUGGAUGAGCCUGAGCCCACCAUCGUGGCGAGCAGUUGCAUUUCUGUGAUUAAGCACUCUCCGCAGAGCUCUCUGUCUGACGUUUCAGAAGCAUCCUCGCUGGAACAUUCACAGGAAGGCCCUGCGCAGGGAGGCUGCAGAAGUCCAGAAGGCAAGUUCCAGGUCAUCAAGCAAGAGCCAAUGGAGCUGGAGAGCUACACCAGGGAGCCGAGAGACGAGCGGGGCGCCUACCCCACAUCCGUGUAUCAGAACUAUGUGGGCAGCUCCUUUCCUGGCUACUCACACUCUCCCCCGCUGCUGCAAGUCACCCGCUCCUCCAGCAACUCCCCCCGGACGUCAGAAACUGAUGAGGGCGCAGUGGGGAAGUCCUCCGACGGGGAAGACGAGCAGCAGGUCCCCAAGGGCCCCAUCCACUCCCCUGUUGAACUCCAACGCGGGCACGCCACCGUGGUGAAAGUGCCCGAAGUGAACUCCUCUGCCUUGCCACACAAGCUUCGGAUUAAAGGCAAGGCCAUGCAGAUAAAAGUGGAAGCAUUCGACAACGACUUUGAUGCCACGCAAAAACUUUCCUCGCCCAUUGACAUGACAUCUAAGAGACAUUUCGAACUCGAGAAGCAUAACGCCCGGAACAUGGUGCAUUCUUCUCUGCCUCCUUUUUCAGUACAGGUGACGAACAUUCAAGAUUGGUCUCUCAAAUCAGAAAUCUGGCAUCAAAAAGAACUUAAUGGCAAGACACAGAGUAGUUUCAAAACUGGAGUGGUUGAAAUGAAAGACAAUGGCUAUAAAGUUUCUGACCCAGAUAAUUUGUUUUUGAAGCAGGGGAUAGCAAACUUCUCUGCAGAGGUGGUUUCACUGAAGAGACUUAUAGCCACACAUCAGAUCUCUGCUUCAGACUCCGGGUAAAUUACUACUGAGAAAGCUGUGGGCACUUAGGAAGAUGUCAUUUGCAAUAGAUUGAGUACGUUUUGUAUUAGGCUGAAUUUUCACUGGACCUGUGAUGUCAUUUCACUGUAAUGUUCACAUGUUGUCUGUUGGGCGUCUCUUUGUGCACAAAUUCUUACGAACAUUAGAUCGUGUUAUCACUGUGUAUAGUUGAAUAGUCCACGCAAAGGCUGUGUAUAUCUUGAACAUUAUUUUUGUUGUUCUGUUAUAAAGUGUGUAAGUUACCAGUUUCAAUAAAGGAUUGGUGACAAGCACAGAA